AUGGGCAAACCGUUUCCGCAAGUCCAGCCUGGAGGGAGCCUGAUUCUGGCUUACCGCGUCAAGGACAAGAACGUCCUGGUGGUAGGCGGUGGUGAGGUCGCGGCUGGCCGCAUCCUCAACUGCCUCAAUGCCGAUGCCCAAGUCACCGUCGUCUGCCCUGCGUCGGGCCUCAACGAAGAGGUCGCAUUCCGAAUUGCCGAGAAGCAGGUGACACACAUCGACCGCCUGUUCGAGCCGUCCGAUCUAGACAAGGCAGACAUGGUGCUGGUCGCCAUUGACGACCCGGCAGCUUCUACGGCGAUAUGGAAACUGUGCAAGGAAAAGAGAAUCCCGGCCAACAUUGCAGACGUCCCCCCUGAGUGCGAUUUUUACUUUGGCAGCGUCCAUCGUGACGGGCCUCUACAGGUCAUGGUCAGCACCAACGGCAAGGGACCGCGGCUGGCGGCAUCACUACGGCGGCACAUUGCCAGUCAACUGCCGCAGAAUGUUGGGAAUGCUAUUGAGACAAUUGGAGAGUUGCGGACACGGCUGCGCAAGGUUGCCCCCAAUCAUGAAGACAGCCAGAAACGGAUGCGAUGGAUGUCAAAAGUCAGCGACACCUACAAGUGGGAAGAGAUGAGCGAAAUCACGGAAGAGGAUAUGGACAACCUCUUGCUGUUCUACCCAGUGAACAAGGUUCCGGAUAUCGACAUCUUGAAAUCGCUGCGCGGCCCGGAUAACGACGUGAAGAAGCUCGACAUCUUUGACGGGUCAUUUGGCUUCAGCGUGGGGUCAUGA